GUCGAAAGUCGAUCGAGUCAUCGUUGCUAAUCUGCCCCGAAUCCUCGGCGGAUGCAAUCAUGGCAUGUCAUUUCUCACGGCAGCCUGCCAUGCGUGCAGAUGACACAACCAAAAGGGUAACCCGACCUGCGCUGGCAGGCUGGCAUGAUUGGGUUGAGUCACCCGACAGACAGCUGACACCUGGAUCCAGUGGGUGCAGAUGGACUGGCGACGAGGGGUAGUGCUGCAGUAGUGCGCAGGAGGAGUCCGGAGGAGGAGAGUUGUGCGGAGGAGUAGAGAGUAGAGAGCAGGCAAUAAUCCUCCGUACUCCAAUAACUCCAAUAACACUCCAAUCGCCGGUCUCGACCGAGGUAAGCUCAGGCAUUCAGGCAUCACUGUCUCCCACGUGCGGGCCCAGCCCUAGCCCUUAUCGCGGGGCAGCAGACUUCCCGAUGCGGCAUGCCGGAGAAGGACCGCUGACGUCGGGCGGUGAUGGAGUCAAUUGCCAUGCCAUCCACUCAGCGCCGUCAUUCAAUCAACCACCACCACUACCACCACCACCAUGUCCCCCCCGCCAUCAUCGCCCCCUCCAUCCUAAGCGCCGACUUCGGCUCGCUGGGCAGCGAAUGCUCGACCAAGAUCACCGAGGGUGCCGACUGGCUGCACGUCGACAUCAUGGACGGCCACUUCGUCCCCAACAUCACCUUUGGCGCGCCCGUCGUCACCAAGAUUCGCUCGCAUGUUGCCCGGCCCACAAACCCCCACGGCAAGGGUACCUUUGACUGCCACAUGAUGAUCAUGGAGCCCCACAAAUGGGUCAAAGACUUCAAAGCCGCCGGCUGCGAUCUCUACUGCUUCCACUACGAGGCGGCCGUGUCGUCCGUCGCGGCCACCGACCCCGCCGAUUACACCACCACCACGAAGACCUCCCCCAAGGACCUGAUCCGGUAUAUUCACGAAGAGGGCAUGCAGGCCGGUAUUGCCAUCAAGCCCGAUACCCCCGUGGAUGUGCUCUGGGACAUCUUGGCCAACGAGAACGAGAAGGAGAGACCGGACAUGGUCCUAGUGAUGACCGUGUACCCCGGCUUCGGCGGCCAGAAAUUCAUGGCGUCCGAGCUCCCGAAAGUGAAGGCGCUGCGGGAGAAAUACCCCAACCUGAACAUCGAGGUGGAUGGUGGUCUGGGUCUGGGGACUAUCGAUCAGGCCGCGGAGGCCGGCGCCAAUGUCAUUGUGGCCGGGUCGGCCGUGUUUGGCGCCCAGGAUCCCGCCGAUGUCAUUGGCAAGCUGCGCGAGGCUGUGAACAAGUAUCGGACGGAAUAGGAUGCAAAAGCUAGGAAGGCCGUGAGGAGGGGGGGCGUUAUGUGACACGACUUAUGUUGCAGAUCUUCAUUGUUUGGUGGC